GCGAUGACGCGCUUUUUGCCUCGUUGGAAGAUUUCAACAGGAAGUGAAGGUGUGACUGACAGCGGCGGCUGUGAGCAGAAACAAUAACACACACCGAGUCAUAGACGAGGAUAUACACUCACGCCGCCGGUAUUUUUAUUUUCUGGGGAUGUCAAUCACGGAGGACUUCGACAUGGAUGGAGCGGAAUUGCUUGGGUUGCUGUUUGACGACAGAGAGGAUGGAUCUUCUGAACAGCUCUUUCCUUACAGCAAUGGGCUCAUUGAUUCUUGGCUUUCUGAACAGAAUAUGCUUACAGGUGUGGACACUGAGGACUUUCUCUCCAGCUUGUUAAAGGACGAGGACAACAUGGAGACCCUCAGUCCCUCCCACUCGCCCCUGGGCAGUGACAGUGGCAUCUCAGAUGACAGCGGCGGCCGCGUGGGAAACACAACGCCAGUCGGCUGCCCGAGUCCGCAGAGCAGCGAUAUCGAUAUUUCGCACAAUACUAGCUUCUCCAAUCCCAGCCCCGAGUGCUCGGAAGCCACCCGAGUCGAUGGAGACCUGCAUGGGGAGAACCCGGAGGCAAUGAGAGUGCAGGCAGAUCACAGCUACUCCUUGCUGCAAGGUGGUUGCGGGGACCCAGAUGUGCUGCAGAGUGUCAGGGCGGAGAAGCCAGACAUUGAUGUCUUUAUUGAUCUAGAUGAUUUAGUGAGCGACGCCAUGGAGGAUGACGUCACCACUGAGCUGCCUUGUACGUUGUCUAUGGAGGACUCGAUGUUAUACGACACAGGAGAGUUCCAGUUUAAGGAGAUCGUGCUGUCUGAGGAGGAGAAGCGCCUUUUGGCGAAAGAGGGAGCCACGAUUCCUUCGCACAUGCCUCUCACAAAGGCCGAGGAGAGGACCCUAAAGAGGGUCAGGAGGAAGAUUCGCAACAAGCAGUCAGCUCAGGAGAGUCGCAAGAAGAAGAAGGUCUACGUUGACGGCUUGGAGAACAGAGUCGCCGUGUGCACCGCGCACAACACCGAGCUACAGAAGAAAGUCCAUCUGCUCCAGAAGCAAAACAUAUCGUUGAUUGAGCAGCUGAAGAAACUGCAGUCUAUGGUGAAGAUGUCCACCAUGAAAGCCAGUGCCACGAGCACUUGUGUGAUGGUGUUCCUGCUCUCCUUCUGCCUCAUCAUCUUCCCCUCAGUCAACCCGUUUGGCAGCAACACGGAGAAGAAGGAGCUAUACAUGCCCACCUCCGUCAUUUCCCGUAUGUUGCGCUCAGUGCCGCCAGAAAGCACAGACGCUGUCUCCUACCUGGAAACCGAAGAGGACGAGCCGGAUCUGUACUUGCCUCAGGCCGAGGUUGAGAACCUGGACGCCAUCUUUGCCGGUGGUAAGAAGAACCACACCCCCGACUACCAGCGAGUGGAGCAGCCCGACUCUGAAACGGCCGUCAGCGGCAACUCUUCCGCCGACUUCCCCGCUGCCUCGUCGCAGGCGGCGGAGGUGUCGCCGGGGGUGGGCGGUGGCGUCCCGGCCGGCUUAAAAGAAGUUUCUGUAGAUCCUGUAAAGGCGGCGGCUGUUACCUACGAGGUGCCGGGCGCCAAGGAGAACUGGAUAGACCGAAACCCUCCAACUGUAAUAUUACAGCAGCACCGAUCUGAUGAGAUGUAGCAUGUUAGUUGGACCACCAGAGGGAGCCAUAUUCCAACUCUGAUUGGUAUAACAGGGAAGCUAUACUAUUUGUAAAUAGAGGAAGGGAAAUUCAAACAGUCUUCUGAUGUACUACUGUUACUUUAUUUGCACUUUUUUUCAUGAUCUUUUAUUCGUAACAUUGACCUACCUAAGCAGUCGGCAUGUUUUUGUGAAAACCUUCCGAUAAAGAAAAAUAACGCUUUAGGUUCCCGAAAGCGCACGUGCUUUUUGCAAUGCAUUCUGGGGCUGCCGUAGCCAUUUUUGUUCUGUACCCGGGGCAAUGUGAGAGAGAGAGCUACAAACUGGUUUAAAAUGGAUUGUACAAAAUCAAGAAAUAAGGGACUGUACCGAGAUAAAGCGCGCCCUAAUCCAAAAGCUCACUAUCGUUACCUCGAUAAAAAUAGGUAAAAUUGGUGGAAAUGGUCCUUUUGAGCACAUCCAAUAGACAAGAGAUUGACUAAGCUGCCGCCAUUGUUGAAGCUUGUAACUCGUCUUAUCUUAACUCGUCUAUAGUUCGUCAACGGAGUCAGUUUUUAUACCAGUAAAGAAUUUCAGAAUGCAAAGCCUGUUAAGGUUUAUUGCUAAGGCUCCAUUCAAAAUGUGUAUAAUUUACAGAUUUCAUCUCUUAUGUGUUUGAGAUGGCGUGAGGGAGCCCAGACUCAUUUCAUUUCAAUUAUUAUCUUUAAAUACUUUGAUCACUGCACUAUCCAUCCAUCCAUUUUCUACCGCUUGUCCCUUUCGCGGUCGAGGCUGCAUUCGGGUGGAAGGCGGGGUACACCCUGGACAAGUCGCCCCCUAAUCACUGCGCUACUUCUCCGAAAAUAAUACUCACCCAUUUACUUUUAAAUACUUUGAUCACUGCGCUAAUUUUCCAAAAAUAAUACUACCUUCAAUUUUGUGCUUACCCACGACUAAAACAGACAAAAUGCUUUUACCUAAAAUACUGUGCGUCGUUUCCUUGGCUAAUACUAACAGCCUACUAAAUGCUAUGUGUGAAACAGAGUAAACCAUGCUUUGAUUCAAACUUAGCAGUGUGAAAAUGCAGUAAACACACCAACAUGUACCAGGUGUUGGUGUUAAAAGUUAUGUUAGAUCGUCUCACAACUAUUCGCUGUACCUUUUAUUAACUCACAAACCUUUCACACUGGAAAUGACAAAAAUCUCAAAACCUUUUAUUUUUUUCCUGAAGCGAUCAUGUCAACAAUCGUGUCAGUUUAUGAUGGCGCACGUUUGAACUUCUUAAAGAAAAUAACAAAACUUGCAUUCAGCCAUGUAAAUACGCUAUUGAGAGGCCAGCAAGACAUACAAUGCAUUGUUUACUACGUCUCACUUUUAAGCCCUAUUUUCAAUAAGACACACCCAAAGCUGUUCACCAGUAAAUUAGAUGUUGCUUGAUAGAAGAAUAGGCUGUUUGAUCAAUGUGAUUAUUGAUGCUUCGUAAAGCCAUUGCAGGACAUUUGGCCAUGAAGAUGAUUGGCUCCUCUUGUAACAAGAGGGUCUUUGUGUACUGUGUCAUUGUUUUCCCCUUGAUUUGAUUAAGAUAAAGAACCUUUAUAAAUAUAUUAUUCUGAACUACCUUCUCACAUUUUAAUGCUAUUUCUUUUGGCUGCUGAAAAAAAAAAAAGUGGUGCGGUAAACUAUAUCCAAAAAUGUAAUGACCUGUGUUGCCAGUGAGACAUUUUUUUGUUUAGUAUAUCUUCUAACGUUACUGUCAAUUGUAAAGACAUGAUGUAUGUCUUAUUGCUUAUUGUUAGAACCAUGUGAGAUUAUCCGUGGAAAAAGGCACUGAGUUUGUGAGGAAUAGAAUGUAAAUAAGAUAAUGAUUGUAGCCUUUUCUGUACAUUUGACAUCUAUGAUAAUACAUUUUUUUAUGUACAA